UUUCCUCCUCCCUUCCGAAGAAAGGUCGACUUCUGUAACGUUUCUGUCUUCCGGCGAGAGAGAAGGCGAGAGAGGAGGAGACAGAAUGCAUUCAUUCGGUUAUCGAGCGAACGCCUUGCUGACUUUUGCAGUGACGAUCCUGGCAGUGAUUUGCACAAUGGCCUCUCUCUCUGACAAUCUCAACUUCCCCUCUCCCACAGCCGAUGUCCAGGUACUGAACAUAAACUGGUUUCAGAAACAACCAAACGGUAACGACGAGGUCAGCUUGACAUUGAAUAUAUCUGCCAAUUUACAAUCGAUGUUUACAUGGAACACAAAACAGGUUUUUGUGUUUUUAGCUGCUGAGUAUAAAACCCCACAGAAUUCCCUGAAUCAAGUUUCACUGUGGGAUGGUAUUAUACCAUCUAAAGAGCAUGCAAAGUUCUGGAUUCACACAACAAACAAAUAUCGUUUUGCGGAUCAGGGAAGCAACCUCCGGGGGAAAGAAUUCAACUUAACACUGCACUGGCAUGUCAUGCCAAAGACCGGGAAGAUGUUUGCUGACAAAAUAGUUAUGACUGGAUACUGCCUUCCAGAGGAAUACAGAUAAUGAGGAUAUUUAUGCGGUUUUGCAGGGACUUCAUCUUUUUGUUUUUUCUUAUAUGCAGGAUAUAGAAUGGUUAGCUUUAAAUAUAUUUAUAAGCAAGGGAAAAGGAAAAUGUAGAUUAGGAAAUUUUCAGGUCAGGGGAAGGUAAAGAAAAUGAAAAUGCUACUGUACCGAGUGUAGAAUCCUAUACUAAUUACAUGGAUUAGCUGAUUUUGGUUCUUA